UCUUAUAUAUAUUUAUCUUUUCCUGCCUCUUCCUUCCAUCAUCUCAACCUUACCUCAACGGAAACAGAAAACAUGAAGGGCUCUGUUUGGAUUGCUUUAUUAGUCAUCGUCAUCUUCUUUGUUCCCUCAGUAAUGUCUUCGAGGCACAUUGGCCGGCCGCACUCACAUGAUGGGCAUCACCAUACUCCACAGUUAAUGAAAACAGAGUUGUACUGGGAAAGAGUAAUGAAGAGAAAGGGAGCAGAGACGCUAGAAAUUGCAGGGUCAAGGUUACCGGAUUGUUCGCAUGCUUGCGGCUCAUGUGUGCCAUGCAGACUGGUUAUAGUUAGCUUUGUGUGCGCGUCACUUGAAGAAGCUGAGACUUGUCCGAUAGCUUACAAGUGCAUGUGUAAUGACAAGUCUUAUCCUGUUCCAUGACUAUACAAACUUUAUGUGUUGAUACUUGACUGGUAGUGCUAGUAGUAAUCCAUCUUCUUGGGCUCUGUGUUUUUUCUUUUUUUGGUUUUGUUUUUCUUACUCAAUUUUACUCAUGUAAUGUAGGCGUGGCUUCCUGUGUGCAA